AUGCAGAAACUGACAAACCCGCAGAAAGUCCCCUGCCAAUUCGAAAUCGACGUCCCCUACCUAGGCCAUCUCGAUAACUCUCCCCACGGCCUCAAAGCAAACACCCCUCUAACCCUCCCCCUCUGGCUCGCCGAAAUGCUCGCCCUCGCAUCAACACCCACAUCCAGCGCACCCCUAACCCUCAACCUCCCGCCGUGCCUUUCCACCGCUGUUCUCUCCGCUUUAAAAGCUGAUCCUCGCGCUGUGCCGUUACGAGACCAAAGUCCUCAUUUCUACGGCGUGGGCGUUCGUAUGCUGGAUUUGUUUGAUGAGAAGGAUGUUGCCGAGGUGUUGAGAAAGACUUUCGUUGUCAGGGCGGGUGAGGUUGGAUUGCAUGCGAGAAAGGCGGAUGAGGCGGGAGUCGGGAAUGGGGAGGAGUUUUUGAGAGGGUUGGAGGAGUGGGAGAGGGGAAUAUUCAGAAGAGGACAUGAGGGAGUCAAGAACGCAAAGGAAUGGACGGAGAAGGUUAAGAAGACUUGA